AUGAGUUUCCAACCCGUCAACCCUCGGCCCUUCCUGCAGGCUCGGGUCGGCACCGAGCUCGUCAUCCGUCUCAAAUGGGGUCAAACCGAGUACAAGGGCAAGUUGGAGAGCAUCGAUUCGUACAUGAACGUGCUGCUGCGAGACACGGAGGAAUUCAUUGAUGGAAAGAACACGGGUACUCUAGGCCUGGUGCUGAUCAGAUGCAACAACAUCCUUUGGAUGGGAUCGGCAGACAGCGUCGAGAUGACGGAUCUAGGGUUGCGGUAG